CCCAAACAAAGAAUCACCAAUAAGCUUUAUUUGCAUAAUUUCCCGACAAAUCGGAACAAGGUUUGGUCCGAAUCGCAGGUGAGGAGAAAGAUGCUGCUCGCGGCUUUGAUCGCCAACUCCGAGGGCAAUAUUCUCGUCGAACGUUUCAAUGGAGUUCCGGCAGAAGAACGGUUACAUUGGAGAUCUUUUCUUGUGAAGCUCGGAGCUGAUAACCUUAGAGGAGUCAAGAACGAGGAGCUCCUUGUAGCUAAUCACAAGUCAGUGUAUAUCGUGUACACAGUGCUGGGUGAUGUUAGUAUAUUUGUCGUUGGCAAGGAUGAGUAUGAUGAACUUGCCUUAUCGGAAGCUAUAUUUGUUAUAACCUCAGCCCUGAAGAAUGUUUGCGGAAAGCCUCCAACUGAACGCCUAUUCCUUGACAAAUAUGGGAAAAUAUGUUUGUGCUUGGAUGAAAUUGUUUGGAAGGGUCUUCUGGAGAACACCGACAAAGAUAGAAUCAAGAGGCUUAUACGGUUAAAACCACCUACCGAGUUCUAAAUUUAUUGGCAUCUUGCCUUGUCUGGUUUUAAAUUGAAUUUUGAAGACUGGCCAGUACUUUCAAUGCUUGAAGCUAAACAUACUAGGGUUGUAUUUGAACAAAAUAACGAACUGCAGAUUUCACACUGACGCCUGAUCUUAGAGUCUGCUAUGUGUCUAUUUCAUGUUUUAUGCUUUUUGGUUCAAUCUAUCUGUUUUCUUGUUAGUUUU